AUGCCGGCGGCAAGCCGCGGAUGCAUGGGGUGUGUCGAGGCCUCUUCGGACUAUGUCGGCGCCUCUGACACACGGGUGGUGGGUCUCUGCGACGUUGACCUAAAGUGUUUGUUGGACGACGAGGAAAGCACGUGUUCGCCUCUUUCUAACCCGUUAGACUUGAGGAAUAGCGAAUCGAUAUUCUCUGACGACCCGAAUUACUUGUGGUUCGUGAAGCAGCGCGCUGAGAUGUUGCGUGGCCCCUCUGAGAGCUCCAGGGGCAAGUUGUGUCGUUCCGCCAGCGAUGUGGAUAGCGACGCGGGUUCCACAUGCGUGAUGGUCAACAUCCAGCAUGAUACGUGCGUUAAUCUGUGCGACAACCCCUCGGACAUGUGGCACGGUCUGAAGAUGUCGGACGGCACACCCGUUGUUAUUCGCUCGAAGCGUUCGCGUGGGAGGCGUCACGUCGGUAAGAAAUGCCGCGUGUUCGGCACGGAGGGUGAGCCCACUUCCCAAGCGCCAACCGAUGGCGCCCAGCUGGCCGCAAAGAAUGCCUUGUUCGCCGGCCACAACGGGCCAAUCAAUUACGGCACUGGCUUUUUGUCUCUGCAAAACUACGUCGGUCGCGGCAACGGCGCGAGUGUGAUAUACCGCGUGAUGCAAGUCGAUGCCCGAUUCGCGCACAGCUCGCGACGUAAGGAAAUUAGGGUACGCCAACGUAGGCAACAUGUGCAGCAGCACCUGGCAAAGGCGCGUGGUAUAAAUUUUAAGCGAGGUACGGUGACCUCGGCGCGGUGA